UUGUAAAAAAAAAAUGUAUUCAGGAAGGAGAGGAGUUGGUUGUUCAUUUUGAUUUUACCAUUAUUUUUCACGCUAAGAUCUCAUUAUGAAAUACCUCCAUCAAUUUUGUAAAUAGCUCAGGAAAGGAAGUGUUAAUUUAUUAUUUUUACAUCAAUUUUGUAAAUAUGGAGGCAAACAUAUCUUUUUUCAGUCUUCCAUUUGUGGACUCCAAGUCUCAAGGUGGUUACGAGGAAGUGUUAGCUAAGUUUUUGUCAGGAGAAGAGCCACUUGAAGAGCCUGACUUGAAUGGGCCUACGACACUCCAUUGCGAAAUAUGUCACAAACAAUUCGAUAAUGCCAAGAAAUAUUACGGACAUUUACGCGUUCAUUCUAAGGAUUGCCUUUGGACGUGUGAAAAAUGCCCAGACCUAAGGUUUUCUACUAAACAACACCUCAUGAAGCACAGCCUGACACACAAACCGUUGGAACGUGUGUGGCGCUGUCCACAAUGUUCCAUGGCCUUCGAGUCUUUGUGGCGACUGCAGCAACAUCUAUUUUCAAAGCAUCUAGAGUACCGACCUCACAAAUGUGGACAGUGUGAGAAAUCAUUUCAUAAACUAUCAGAUCUUAAAAAACAUAAAAGUGUUCAUGACGGUGAUAGAAAACAUCCGUGCACUGAAUGUGAAAUGAAAUUCAAGGAUAAAUCAAAUUUAAAGAGACACAUGCUGAAACAUAAUGGUGAAAAACCUUUUUGUUGUUCUGGCUGUGGCACCAGAUUUCAACAGAUCGCUUCUAUGAAGCGUCACGCCAAGAAAUGUUCCUAUGCUCAAGCAAAUGGAGAUAAUUUGGAAAGCAAUAUAAAAAAGAAUCAUUGUCAGCAGUGUGGCAUGACUUUCCAGUAUAAAAGUGUUCUAUUAGAACAUUGUGCAAGAGUACACUCUAAUGCACCCAUUGAUCCCAAAGAAUCAAAGCCGGACCUACAAACUACUUUAGUAGACACAAAUAGAACUGAAGACAAUAUUGUAGAUGACAUCCUAUCUGCUGAAGAUGACUACAUGACCAUGACCACACAAAAUGACCUGCUGAGUGCCUACAACACUCAGAAUGAGGCCAACAUUAAUGCAGAUAAUCUUAUGCAAAUUGAAUUUCUAAAAGACAUUAAUCACCUACACAGUCUUGAUGAUGAACUGUUUUACAAUGAUAUUGAUUUCGAAAGUUUCCAAACAAGCCAAGUUUUUAACUUGAACACCAAUGAUAUGGAUUACAGUAAUAUAAAUAACAAUCAUGAUCGGAAUGCCGAAAUAUUAUUUGAUUUAGGAGAGCCUGGUAGAGGCUUAGACCAGGACAUAAUGAAUGACUUGUAUCAUCAUCACAAUAAACCUGAACAUUUGCCAGAUGACUUGUUAAACGUACCUGAAGUGCAAGGCAUCCUUGUGGACAAACCAAAUGAUCUAGUGCCAAACUCGACGUUGUCUGUGAAUGAGUGUUCGACGAUUUUUGAGAGUGAUGUAGAUUUGGAGGCGAGUGCUAACCUUGCGGCAAACUUAAACCAAUUGAUUGGCGAAAACAAUGUGCAGUACAUCUCAACUGAAGAUGAUGACACUUUCAUAAUUAGUUUAAAGAGUGAAAUUGAUGCAGAACAGCUUACUGAUAUGCUGAACAUAGGAAUGGAGUUUGGGAACAAUGUAGCUGUAGAUGAGCAUAUAACUGAUAACACGUCAGAUGUAGAAAAUCAUGAUGAUGCUGUAAAUAACAUUGAGCCGAUUGUUGUGAAAAUACAGCAGCCUAAAAUCUGCAUAGACUCUGGAGUGAUAAUCUACGAAGGAAGUGACAAAGCCAAAGAAAAACAGGAAAAGCGGGUUAAGAUCAAAGUGAAAAAGAAUCUACUUUUCGUAUGCCGGAAAUGCAAUAAGGUGUUCAAUAAAAAGGAUAACUUUAGAUCUCACAUAGCGACUCACGAGCCGUCCCUACGCCAGCACAAGUGUGGUGUGUGCGGCGCGGCGUUCUCGUACCGCUCCACGCUGAACAAGCACGCCGCGCGCCGCCACGAGCCGCGCGUGUGGCCGGCGCACGACUGCCGCUACUGUGGACGCACCUACACCGCGCAAUGGAAGCUGAAGUCUCACAUAGAACGCAUCCACAAGGGUUUGACGCCGUACGCGUGCGAAGAGAAAAAGUGCGGGAAGAAGUUCCACAAGAAAUCCGACUUGGAGAGGCAUAAGAGGUAUCACAGCGGGGAGCGGCCAUAUUCGUGCGACAUCUGCAAGAAGACCUUCAAUCAGAUCUCGCACAUGAAGCGACACGAGAGGUCCGCCGACUGCGUCAAAAGGUACGAACUACUUUUUUUUCUUUUUUUUUUNUUCGAUGUACGGCUUGUGUAA